AUGGGCCGCCAUGCGAGCAGCAAGGGUGCCAGCGGAGCCUGCGGCAAGGGCAAGGACAAGUCGGGCACCUACGUCAGCUGCUCGGCGUGCCGCUACCGCUGGAACUUCAAGUCGAACCAUUGGUGCUACCAGUGCUGCUCGCCGAUGGUGCCGCACCCGGCCAAGGGCCCCCCUGUGCCGCCGAGGGCCGCCAAGGGUGCGCCGAAGGAGCGCCGCCCAUGGGUCUGGCACGGGCCAGGCUGGUACCCGUACGGCGGCGGGCCGCCGCCAGAGGACGUGCGUGAGGCCCCGCGGCCCGCCGACCCUCUCGCGUUGCUCCGCGAGCAGCUGGGGGACUGCCACGAGCUCACGGCCCUGUCCGCCAAGCUGGCCGCGAAGGAGCAGCCUGCCGAGGCCCCGCGCCGCCCGCCCCUCUUGGAGGAGGAGGUCUCCGCGAAGGGGAUCGCGCGCAGGCGAGCGCAGGCUUGGCUUGAGACCUGUGCGCGCCGCGUCAUUGAAGGCGAGGCCUGGCUGGCCGACGCCAAGGAGGCGGAGGGUGCAGCGGCCGAGGCGGCGCGCCAGGCCCAGCAGGACUGGGAGGAGGCGCGCGCCAAGCAGCUGCCAUCGCCGUCGAGGCCGCGGUCUGAGACGGCAUCCGCUGCUACGGCCAUCAACCUCUCGACGCUCGUCGACGAGGGCUCGCUGCGCUUCGUCGAUGGCCCCCUCUUCGACCUGGAGGGCCUCGAGGCCGACGAGACGGAGCGCACGGAGUGGGCCCGCAUCAAGGGCGAGCUCGCAACCAAGGGCGAGCUCGCCACCAGCGCGCAGACCAAGGUUCAGGAGGCCUUGGGGCCCGCCGCUCAGCAGAUCCUCAAGCUCCACGCCAGGUUGCAGGCCAAGAGGCGCCGCGGCCCUGAUGGAGCCCCAGCCUCGGGCCCCGCGGAGCAUUCGGCUCCUACUGCUGGUGCCUCUUCUGCUGGCGGCAGCGGUGCUGGAUCGUCGCGGGGCGGUGGCGAGCGCAUCAGUGCUGAGGCCCUGCGAGCUGCGGCCAGGGCUAAGGCCACGGCUGCCAUUGACGAGAAGAAGCGGGUCUACGGCCGCUACAAGUUCAGAACCUCCCAGAGCGACGACGACUCUGAGUUCGAGGGCAGAGCGGCCCAGUGCAAGGAUCAGGACCCUGCCAGGCGGGCAGCCAUUCACAAUAGACAGCUGCUUGAGAGGCGGCUGAGGUCUUUCACUGGCGCCUGGGUGCCUGACCCCAGCGUCGUUGAUGACGCUACUGGCUUGGCCGACUGGAAGCGCGUUUCCAUUCCUUACGUUGCCAGCUUCCUGGCAGACCCUGCACUGCAGCCCCUUGUGCAAGAGGCCGCUGAUUCAGCAGGGCAUGGCAACCUUGCGGUCGCUCAGCUGGACAUGGCCAGGCAGAUUUGCGAGCGAGCGUGGCACGCCCGCCGUCGCCAGCGGCAAGCUUAUCAUGAUCACCUCAGCAGCCUCCGCGACAUCGGCUACGACGACUGGCAGAAAGAGUUGGCUCGCAAUGCCCCGAGUUACAUCGACGCGCGUCGUGCGCUCGACACCAGGGCCCCACG